AUGACCACAUUGUUGGAACGGUCCAUGAGAACCACCCUCACCAGCACAAGCUUAAGCUAUGAUGAUUUUUGUAUACAUCUAAAUUUGGAUUUACCUAAAGGCUUCAAGGUGCCGUGUUUUGAACUAUUUAAUGGGACAGACAAUCCUGAAGCGCAUCUACGGGCCAACUACGUUCAAGUGGUCGGCGUCCGAGACAACCAAGCGCUCAUUAUGAGGCUGUUCAGUCGAAGUUUCACCGGAGAAGCCUCAAAAUGGUUCAUAGUGCUAGACAUUAGCCAUUGCAUUACAUUGGAAGACAUGGUUGUGACUUUCAUAGAAAGAUUUUGCUUUAACAUGGAAACAGUACCGAACAGGUACUAUUUGGAAAAAGUAAAACAAAAGUCCACCAAAAAAUUUUGUGAGUGUGCGAGUAGGUGGAGAACAGAGGCUGCCCGGGUACAACCCCCUAUGGACGAAGAGGAACUUGUAUCGGUUUUCAUCCGUUCACAAGAAAAAGAUUUUUAUGAUAGAAUGCUCUCAAUGGAAGGAAGACCUUUCUUUGAAUUGGUCAAAAUUGGCGAGGCCAUAGAAGACAGUCUCAAUACUGGCCGAAUCAUAAGUAUGAUCGAAAAAUCCGCUUGUUCAAGCUCAACCGGGUUCAUACGCGAGAAGAAGAAAGACGUGACUAGCAUAUCUCACAUUCCUAGCCCCAAAACCAAAAGGAGGGAAGAUUUCUCAAUGGGAGUAUAUGUUUCACCUCCCUCAAAUACCUACAUUCCCACUUCGUACAAUAUGGUGCCCGUAUGUUACAGGCGAAUGACCUUCCAAUCAUCACCCUCAAAUUACCGAGCUCCACAAAAUGCCUUCCAGUCACCUCCCCCGAACUACCAUGCUCCACAGCCAAAUUAUCAAACUUCCCUACCUGUUUACCGCACUCUACAAAAUAACCAACCCAAUACCUACAAAAAUCAACCACUACCAAAUGCUUGUAAUGCGCCACGUCAGAACUUUGAAAAGAAGCCAGCUAGGGACCUGAUUCACCGGAAAGAGAUUGUGCUCCAAACAACCCCUACGAAUGUGAACACCAAUCCUUUGCCAAACCGUAGCAACAACGUAAUUCACAUGAUUGAGAGGGAAGAAGACUGGGUCACAGGAAGACCCAUAAUCUGUGAUUCUGUGAAUGAACUUGAGCGCACAGUAGCAUCUUUGUCUUUGCAAGAACGCGCGCAAUUCAAAGUAUUAGUCCCUGCGCCAAUGGCAGCGCAUGUAGCUCUAGUGACUCCGGCGCCGCCUUGCAAGGAGUUCGUAGUCCAAGUCGCUACCGCACACGAAAUUACAAGAUCAUGGAGAUGCUACACUACCAAAGACCUGGCCUAA